CAUUUAUACGACGGACUAGUAGACUCUGCAUAGCGAAACAUAGCAGGCGAAAUCAACACAAGUCGCCGGCUGGGGGUGAAUGAAGCUCUCCGUUUCUGGCCUACAUAAUUUCGUUUUGUUCUUUGAGAGCUUCACAUAUGGUCAUACCGGUACAUUAUACGCUGUUAUCUGGUUGAAAAUGCAUCAAAUGACAACGUACGAUUCAUGUACAUGCACCGGUACAUGUAUGUUGAGGGGAUCUUAGAAGUUCUUCAAGUACACAUGUACAUGCACUGUACUACCCAAUACUGAAGUGUGACCGACAUUCCUGCCAGGCUGAUCCAUCAACACUGUCCUCCCCUCCCCCAGGUUCUACUUUCCCCAGGUAACCUUUGACCCGGGCCCUGUCCUGUCGGUGCCAUGUCUGACGGCUUAGACCAGGAGAGCGCCCCCCUCGCAGGGAAGAAGACCAAAGGAAGCAAGAACAUCGAGUGGGGGAAGUUUGGACUGAGUGAGGACCAGCCUGGAGAGAAUGGAGCAGCGCUGGCAGGGGAAGGAGAUGGGUACCAGACUGGUACUGGAAAGGAGAAAAUCCAGGAGCUGUAUGAUGAACAGCAAGGAUCAUUGACAAGCCAGAAGCCAUGGUGGAAAGCCAACUUUUUUGUCCGGGAGCCUGUACUCUUCGGUACCUGGGAUGGUGUCUUCACAUCGUGCAUGAUCAACAUUUUCGGUGUGGUCAUCUUCUUAAGAACUGGCUGGGUUGUGGGUAAUGCAGGGAUUGGCCUAUCUUGCCUCAUAGUUGUACUUACAGUUUUAGUAGCACUCAUUGCUGCUCUAGCAGCCAUUGGCGUCUGUGAGAGGUGUCAUGUAGAAAGUGGCGGUGUCUAUUUCUUAGUCUCCAAGGUUCUAGGAGCGAGGAUAGGGGGAGCUAUAGGGAUGUUAUAUGUUUUUGGGCAGACCGUGGCAUGCGCCCUCUACUGCACGGGCUUUGGCGAGUCCAUUGCCGAGACCUUUAAUUGGGAGAACACUUGGGCAGUCCGGGGGGUGGGCAUAGCCACCAUCCUCCUCCUGCUGGCGGUCAACAUUGCCGGAGUCAAGUGGGUGGUCAAGAUGCAGCUGAUCUUGCUGGCUGUACUGGGCAUUGCCACGCUGGACUUCCUGGUCGGGACGUUCGCCCAGUCUGACCACGAAAAUGGCGUCCUUGGCUUCAACAGUUUGGCCUUCACCAACAACUCAGGUCCCUCCUACCUGGAAGGUGAGAACUUCUUCACCGUCUUUGGAGUCUUCUUCCCGACGGCAACAGGUGUGAUGGCCGGCAUCAACAUGAGCGGUGACCUGCGCAACCCCAAGAAGAGCAUCCCCUAUGGCACGCUGUCAGCCCUUGGGGUGACCACUGUCCUCUAUCUGCUCUUCGUCUUGCUGCUGGGGGCUACCUGUGCUCGCUGGGCGCUGCAAGAGGACUACAUGAUCGCUGAGAAGGUAUCUCUGGUGGGUUUCCUCUGGUUGAUGGGCCUGUAUAUCUCCAGCUUGUCCUCCUGUCUAGGGGGUCUGUAUGGAGCCCCUCGGAUCCUUCAAUGCAUUGCCAACGAGAAUGUUAUCCCCAUCAUCAAAGUGCUUGGCCACGGGAAAGGGCCCAACAAGGAGCCAAUCUUUGCCUCACUGGUUGUCUGUUUUGUCGCUAUCCUCUUCAUCUUCAUCGGUCAUGUGAACGAGUUGGGACCCAUCGUCACAAUGCCGUUUCUUGUCACUUAUGCAGCCAUGGACUAUGCCUACUUCUCCCUGGCCAUGAGCUAUGACAAAGAGAAGAGCGCCAAGUCCAAGAAGGAGAAGGACAGCCUCCUGGCGCAUGUCAUCAAUAAGAGCGACGACAAGACGACCUACGGUGCCCUUAAGGCCGAGGAUGCCCAGCCAAAGGACGACGCUUUGCGAGAGUUCAAGGAGGACAUUGACAAGGCCGAAAGGAUGUUCCCCAAGAAGGACAUGGCCAAGCCCGGCGGGGGGUCAGGAGUGGGUGGGGACUAUGACGGCUGGGGGGAGAAGAAUAGAGGGGCUGGGGACGGUCCAGUGGAUGUCAGUGACAAGGAGGGGCUGAUAGAUUCGACUGACAGUCAAGAAAAGCAAGAUAAUAGCAGACCAUUUGGCACUGUGGAUCGCAUGCCAGCAUCAUGGUAUUCCCGAUUCUGUAAUCGAUGGGUUUCUUUCAUUGGGAUCUUAGCUGCCCUGGUCAUCAUGUUUGCCAUCCAGUGGGGCUACGCUCUUGCCAAUGUCUCUGUCUACUUAAUCCUGUACAUCUACAUCGGCCAGGCUAACCCUGGGGUGUACCCUGGCAUCUCAGAGUUCAAGUUCUUCCAGUGGAUCAAAUCGCUCUUCACCAGGCUAUGCAGAUCAGGCCCACCCCCUCCUGACCAAUUCGUCCUUACCCCGCUUCUCCCCACCCCGGGGAUGGUAGAAGAGACGCAGGUGACGGAGGUGAACGGCGACUUUGCCGAGCGCAGCCGGUACCACCACUCUCGCCUGAUGAACCCCAAAGGCGAGGAGUCAAUGGAAUGGGAGUAUGAGCCUGCAGGACUCCUGGAUGAGGGGGACCAACUGUUGAAUAGGCCAGAGCAAUGACAGACCAAGGGGGAUACAGGGUUGGAAGGGGUUUGCAAUCAUGUACAGAAAUGUGAUGUGAACUCAGUGAGUUUUUUUAGGUGAAGGGGAUCAAUUGUUGAAGGGACUUGAGCAAUGACGAACUGAUGGGCACUGGUUAAAGGUUCCAUGGGGGCAAGGGACCAGGGAGAAGCUUGUGCGAGCAUGGUGUGAGCAACCUAGUGAGGAUAUGAGGUAAAGGGGACCAGAUGUUGAAUAGGCAGGAGCAGUGACAAACUGAGGGGUACUGGUUAUGACCGUUAGUGGGAGCUGGGUGAUUAGGAACAGGUGCAAGAAAUUGCUAGUGCUACUUUUAAACUAACACUAUGAAUAGGGAUAUAGUUGCGUGCUAUAAAAAUGGUCAGUUUAAUUUUAUGGUAAUCUUGAAGGGUCAGAGGGUAGGGCCUGUCCACGUGGUGCUCAGUGACACAUACCCGGGUACUUGUACAUGUAAUAGAUCAGUGGAUUAGACUAGAUUUUAUUAUUGACACACAGAUCCUUGUCAUUUUGAUUAGUGGAUCACCAUCAAUUGACAUUCAUUAUUGGUGUCAUUCACCCCAGGGUUCAAAAAGCCCCAUUGGUGAAUGGAAUCUACGAUUCAGUAGUCGGAAUCAUCCUUGUUCCUACAUGUACGGCCCGUCACAAGCGUGCGCACUGAUUCAUCCCAGGUGUACCCUUUCCCAAAUAAAAGGCAUUAACUUUCACAAAGGGCAUUAAUUUGAACAACCCAGAUGUGACAACCAAAACCUGUGAAAACUGUAACUGUUGAUUCUAAAAGGCGUUAUUGAUUCCAUGAUUUGUUUUAAUUUCUGGAAUAUUGAGAAUGUUAAAUUUGUUCAAAAAUGAAAGCAAAUUAAGUCUGCUAGGAGGAUUCUUGUGUAAUUUGAAAUCAUUUUUAAAUUUAACUUUUAAAACAAUUGAAUGACAGGGAUCUGUAUGUCAGUUAUAUAAAUCAAAGUCCAGAUUUUACCUUGUGAUAAAAUUCUCCCACUCUGAGCCACACAAUAUUUACGUUUAUGCUAUACAAGGAAAUGUAUUCAGUUGUAAAAAUUUCUAACUCUCAAAGACAGUUACUGUGCACUCAGUUUUCUUUUGUUGUGUUUAGAUCUUUCCUCCAUGGCAUUAGUUCAACUUCCCGGUAUAUUCCAGUCAUAUGAAGCAGUUAAUGGUACUUUUGACAUUUGAAAUUCAUGAAUGCAGUGUAAUAAAGACAGUUUGUAUCUGAACCGGUACAUGUACUUAAAAGUCUUUUGCAGCUUGGGUCCAAUUUCAACAAAGCACAGUCAAGUUUAGCUAAGCAGAAAACAGGUUACCAGCCGAAAAUGUGUGAUCAUGCAUUGCUCAUAUCUAUGAUUACCGGUUCUCUGCCAAAUACUGUUUACAUGUACAUGUAUAAGCCUUGUACUGGUAUACAUGCUUAGCAAAAAGUACACGUACACUGUACCAGCCAUUCAGCCAAACUUUCAUGUGUUUUAUAUGUACUUUUUGACUUGGUCUUGGCCUCCUUUGCUUUAAAGCAUAAAGGUACAUGUACAUGUACGUGUGGUUAGUUUAACAGUAUUUUUACCAGUGCAGACUAAGACUGGGCCCAGAGUUCUUUGCAUAUGUGGUUACGUGUACUUUUAAUUGAAAUAAACAGCAAAGCUUGAAUGACAUUUGUUAUGGGAGACUUUGAGGUGCUUGGUGGAAGCUGACACUGGUCCAUUUUGCUCAUUCUGGGCAUGCGUGUGCAAAUCUGGGCAUACACACCACCAAGCAUCUCAAGGCUUCCCAUAGCAUUCAUGUACACAUUGUUUUCUAUUUAUAAAGUAAUUAUACACAUACAAUGCAGAAAUUAUAAGUUACUGUGUUAUUUUAAAUUUCAAGUUAACUUUUUUUCUCUAAGUCAUUACAAAAGACAUUCUUGGGUUUUUUCUUUUGUUUUUUCAAAUCAUAAACAUGCUACAUUGCAACAGAUGUUGACCAACAGAGAGCAUUUCUUCUCACAUCCACCGGUUCACGCUGAGAGACAAAUAUCUCCGAACAGGGCCCAGGUUACAUGCCAUUGUAGGUCUGUAUGAUUUGAGCCUGUGUCAUCUGACGACUUGGAAAAAAAAUAGUCACAAAUGAUAUGUGGCUACAUCUCCAUGGCAUCACAUGUGUAACAUUCACCUGAAAUCUUACAGAUCAUUCUUGAUUGAUUCUUGAGAUUUCAUUUUGAAAGUUUGUUUUUUGAAGCAAAGGAAUUUUAAAGCUGUCAUAAACUUAGAGUCAUGACAGUGCACGUACUUUACAACUCUGAAACACUUGUAAUUUGCCAAUGAAAUGUUUGCUUUCUUUAUUUACAAAGUGGUAGUUUUGACUUAAAUGUAUUUAUGGUGAAAUUGUGAAAUAAGUUUUGGUCACAUUUUUGUAUUGUUUUUAGUAUCCUUUUGCCAAAUGUUGUUGAAAUGCAUAUUUGACAAACCAGAUCACAAUUGUUGCAAUAGAGCCUGAAGCAGAAAAUUAAGAAACUUUAGAAUUCCAUUUAUACAUGUAGCCGGCACACUUUGCCAUUUAUGAUCAGUAAUCAGUUUGAGUAGGAGAACUUUGAGCUUCUUGUUUUCUUUUCUUAUUGGAAGAGUGCAAUUUGAUGAGUGGCAGUCGCAAUGCAAGAACUCGGUGUCUUUUUCCAUAGUUUAUGCAUUGUUUGCAUGAUUACAAGUUAAUAAAUUUAUCAUGAUUACAAGUUAAUAAAUUUAUCAUGACUAUUACACUUGUAUUUAAAAGCCAAAUAAAUUAUUCUUAUGUAUGGUACCUUAAAUGUGUGGUUUUGUAUGAAUGUAUGAAUAUCCUCAGCAUUGACUGUCCUUGUUUUCCACUGUUCAAUGGACAUCCUGUUGUGAUUGUGUCUUGCUGAGUCAGGAGAGUACAUUCUGCUUUGCAUUAGCUUAGAUAUUUGCGUUUAUGAAUGUAUUCUUGUAUUUUGUGAUUCAACUGCCAUGUGCAGGGCUGCAAAAGUGCAGGUAAUGGUUCUUUAUUUUACUUUUCCAAUCCCUUAAACCUACGUACAUGUAACUGUCACUUGUAUUCAAUUGAUGUUUGCCCAUGGUUCCUGCGUCUGCUCAUUUUUGUCUCCUGUUUUUGUGGUCGUUGUUCAGCCGUGUUAAUUUAGUUUUGCUUGUACCCUGUUCUCUUGUUACCUUGACUCGGUUAAAUAAAUGAUACUCAUACUAAUACCGAGUUACACACACACGAUACAUGUAUGUGUGUAACUUUUGAAACCCCUUUAAAAAAACCUUCAAAAUUUGUCUUUCUUGUUUUGACCAUUGUGACCAUUUAGCAAGAAUCUACUGUUUAGAAAUUUAAUUGAAAAGGUAUUUGAUGAAAAUACGUAAAAUGACUUUCCAGUUUCAAAGUGUGAUUCGGCUUUUUGAGUUGGAAUAGUGGCAAUGGUACAUUUAAUUACCCUUUGUUUUUAAAACUCAUUUGUCCCUUUUCUCUGACCUUUCCACUUCUUUCAUCUCCCUCCUCCAUAAU